AUGCACAAUGAUACGGAAGAUUCUGUGUUUAGUGAUAAACCUGCCAACUUUGAAGCUCACUACUCGGUGGAAAAUGAGGGAUGCCGCGUAUUGCCUGUAUCCGAGACUCCUGCCAAUGGAUGUGACCAACGAAGAGCACUGUACCGGCCCCGGAGUGUAAGCCUCUUCGAUACAUCGGAAGACCGUCAACCACUGCUGAAACUACAAAAGACCACAGAUUCAGAUGAAGGAGACAAUGUUUCAGAAGAUCUUUCAAUAUCAGACAAUAAGCUACUCAUGGUACCAGCAGUUACAUUGCCAAAAAUUUCCAGACUAAGCCUUAGAUUCAGAAAACUAAACAGAUCUUUACUAGAAGCUGUUAUAAAUCGGGAAGUACAAGAAAUUGAAAGACUGGUGCAAGCCGGAGCAAACCCUAAUGCAACGUGUGGCAUCGACUGUGUUUCAGCCUGUCACUUGGCAGCCUUGAGGACUGAUGGAGCCCUGGAAGUACUGCUCAAAGCAGGAGCUAAUAGAAAAAGGGUGGAUAGACUUGGUCGAACUCCAUUGCACUUGGCCGCUUGGGCAGGAAAUGUUAAACAAGUCGCCAUUUUGCUUGGUUUUUCAAAGGGAUUACAAGAUAGACUAGAUGCUGGCGACAUAAUAGACGCCACUGAGAAUGAAGUAAAAAAUUUGACUCCAGAUAUAAUAGAAUUUAUCAACGUUAAAUGCGACUUCUGCACCAAUGCCGCAUUACCAACACACUGGAGGGAUAACACAAGGGAAGGUCAUAACAGAAGUCUCGAACGAAAUCUACCAACGUUUCAACUAGGCUGGUCAGCAUUGCACGCGGCGAGUGCACGCGCCCAAUGUCACAGUGCUCGACUCCUUCUAGCUGCAGGCGCAGAUCUGGGUUCACGGGAUCUUGUUGGAAAAACCCCCUUGGAUGUCGCUGGAUCUGCGUUUUAUACUGGUCAAGUCAUUGAUCCUCAGAAAUUUGGUGAAUUAGUAACAUUGCUUGUUGGUGCCAAUAGUCAGAACCUCACAUUCAAAAACAAGAAAAUAGUUGAUACUCCGCUUCAUACGGCUGUUGAACUGGGUAGUUUGGAAGCAGUGUCGGUUCUCGUGGGUAUCAAAAUGCCAGUCAACUGGCUUAAUCGGGCAGGAACGACACCGCUGCAUAUAUGCGUCAAGAAAAAACUUAAAGAACAUUUGCAGAUUUUAGCAAACCAUGGAUACUGUGAUGGAGAAGAUAAAGAAGUUCCAAUAGCAAUAGAUGUUAAAGACAAGGGCGGACAUACUGUUCUUUAUAAAUCCAUCAUAGAGGGCUGGGCGCCUGGGGUGAGCAUCGCGAUUGAAGCAGGAUCCAGCGUAACAGCCAGAGAUAACAAUUAUGAUACACCAUUACAUUUCGCAGCAAUGUUUGGCAAUGUAGAAAUAUUAAAUGAAAUAUUAAAUGUAGCUAAACAUUACGAUGUAAUAGACGCUACUAACACUCGAAGAGAAACAGCUUUAUUUAAAGCUGUUAUUAAUGGUCAUUUAGAAUGUGUUAAAAGACUUCUUGAAAAAGGAGCCUCAAUAACUAAAACUUUAACAAGACAAGUUAACGUCUUCCAUAUAGCUGCAGAGAAAGGUUACCUAGAUGUCCUCACAGUCUUACUAGACCACGACUAUAUCAUAACUAGGAGAAUGAUCAAUUACCUAACAGCUGACGAUAGAAAAGGAUACGGGCCCAUACAUUUCGCUGUAGAAAACAAUCACCCAGCAUGCGUCAAGAUACUAUUAUCCAGAAACUCGUAUGGAAGUCUAAGAUCUUCUUACGGACUUCAGAAAGGCUCAACACCUUUGCACAUCGCAGCCAUUCAUAAUAACGUGGAAAUUGCAAAAAUUAUAAUGAAAAAUAACGAAGACACUGUCCAUGUCAUCAAUGAUAUGGGAUGGACUCCACUACACACAGCUAGUCAUUAUGGCAGUAGAGACAUUAUUACGCUAUUCCUCAAGGAAGGCGCUGAUUUAUCUAGAGCCACAUAUGGUCCAAAUAAGUGUAGGUCGACCGCGAUUGAUAUGAUUAUGAACAAUUUGUCGAAGCCCACUGAAUUUAUGGAAAAUAUAUUUGAUACUUUCAUUUCUACGAAUGAUUUAAACCUUCAUGAUCCAGAUUGUGAAGUUACUGUGAAUUAUAAAAUUUUGGUGCCUAAAGAAGAUGAAAAUAUACAAAUGAACGUCAUAGAUGCCCUCCUGAACACCGGAGAUAGAUAUGGUCAAAGGCGACUACUGGUACAUCCCUUACUGGAAAGUUUUUUAUUCUUAAAGUGGAAAGCUCUCCUCCCGUUUUUCUACACGAUGUUAGCGUUCUAUGCUUUCUUCGUACUGUCAUUGACAACGUACAUUAUAUCAGUAUUUUUUUAUAAAGACACAGGUUUUGCAGCACCGAUGAUUUUUAAUGCUACCUGUUGGGCUGUUAUUAUGUACAUCACUAUUGUUACAGUCAUGUUACAAGAAGUCCUCUACAUGAACGUAAGCAACGGGUACUUUCUACAGUUAGAAACUUGGAUAAAGUUCAGUUCUGUAUGCCUCGCUGCAAUCCUGCCAUAUGCUUCACAAAUUAAAACGGAUAAAGAAUUGGACUGGCCAAGACAUGUUGCCACAGCGGCUCUACUACUUUCUUGGCUGGAAAUGAUGUUUCUACUAUCCCGAUUUCCAAACUGGGGAUACUAUGUACUGAUGUUUGGGAAGGUAUCUACAAAUGUUAUAAAGAUCCUUCUAACAUUCGCAUUCCUGGUGAUUGGGUUCGCUCUAAGUUUUAUGAUACAGUUUCAUUCCCAAACACCCUUCGAGUCGCCCUGGGCUGCCCUCGUCAAAACUAUAGUAAUGAUGACAUCGGAAUUUGACUAUGGUGAUCUUGUCGAAGAAAGUGAUUCCGACCAAUACGUCACCUCAUUGUUUGUUGUCCGCGUCAUCUUCUUAAUAUUUCUGAUAUUAGCAGCCAUAGUACUCAUGAACCUGAUGGUAGGUGUCGCUGUCAAUGACCUUCAUAAUUUACGGGUACUUGGCAAUGUAAGAAGACUUGGCAAACAAGUAGAAUUUUUAGGAUCCUUAGAACACUUAGUUUAUAAUAAAAUCUUGGAAAAAAUCUUACCAACACGGCUUGCAGAAAUGUUAAAAGGGAAGAAAAAGAUAUGUUCUAAAUUUGACCUUAGUCCUAGUGUACCUAAUUCUAAGUGCUAUAGAUCUCUGCCAUCCCGCAUUAGAGAGGCUAUUUUCGAAAAAGCUCAACUUAGAAAAAAGCAAAGAGAUGACGAGUUAGGUUCUCAAAACUAUAAAAAGAAAUUAGACGAAAUAUACAGAGCGACCGUUAAAUUGAAAAAAGAUAAUAAUAUAUUGAAGAAUACAAAGACUGAUAGAAAUAUAACUAAUAAAAACAUUAAAGAUGCCGCGGGACACUUAGCAAAACUUGAUUCAGCGAUUAUUGAAAUAAGGAAUCAAACAAAGUUAGAAAUAAACGAAAUCAAAGCUUCAAUAGAUACUCUGAACAAUAAAAUUGAUAUGAUAUUGAACAAAUUGUCGAAAUGA